UAGUAACGCAUUCACGAUGAUAAUGUACACAGUUCUAAAUGUCAGCAAUGACGCAGUUCAAUUUGGUGUUACAGAGUCCGACGUAGUGAACGAAUUUAUCUCUAGUGCCCCACCGAUUUAUCCCAAGUGCAUCCGUACCCGCACAACUGACAUAAAAAGCUUACAAUUCUAACAGCUUAACGCAUUUUUUUAAGUACAGGAAAAGAACAGGCAAUGGAACGUACCAUAAUCUACUUAAAGUAAUAAAAUGGUAUCCAACUUUAGCAAGCAUGACCUUUGAUUGACGACCCUCGAUUCCAUCAUAAAAACCCUGUAGUUUAACAAUCUAGCCAUUGUGGAAUCUCGAACCAUAGAAUUAAGUAGAAUAAUAAUAUAAUAAAUGGAUAGAAAAAUUCUCUCAAAACAUAAAAUGUGUUGGCGUUAAAGAAGGAAAAAAAAAAACACCUCUCGACGAUAACGUUGUGUGUAGACAUCGACUGACAAGAAGAUAACAACCACGUCCAGGCAGGUCGUGUCUAAAUACCUAACUGUAUAGCCUAUCGUUCAGUAUUUACGUAUUCAGUGCCACGAAUAGAAGCAAAUUUGAGCGUACACACCAUUAUGAUUUCAUAUCCUCGUCUACAUCCAAGAGGACUUCGAGGACUUUCCAUUUCAAACAUAUUUCUAUGGGCAUUCUCAAGCGUUCUUACGAUUGCGAUAGUUGUUGGUUACACGAACCUCGGUCAAGGGCCAGACUAUGACGAUAUCGGGUCACUCGAUUACGUUUUCGCCGGCAUUUGGGCAGGCUGCUGCUACGGCAUAGCCGGAAUUAUUGGGAUUUGUGGCAGCUACGAACGAAGACGAAAUCAGUUAUUAGCGACGGUGACUUUCAAUGUUCUGUCUCUUGUCGGAGCUAGCAUCAGCGGAUGCAUUGCCGGAAUAGUAGGAUUCUACAUUAAACGACAAUUCUACAAAAUUUGCUAUCCACCGCUUCCAUUCGCAUACGAUGGGGCGGAUGAAGAUUGUAAGGUCUGGAUGAGUCUCGAGUUUGGUUUGUUGGUGUUUAGCACGAUUGCUUUCUUCGUCAACUUAAGCUGUCUGAUAGUAACUCUAAUUGGAUUCUGUGGCCCUAAAAAGAGCACUGGAUUGGUGCGAAUGGAAGUUGGAAAUCCAGCAUAUGAUUUUAAAAUGAGAAGACCAAGUGCAUAAUCUAAUAUCAAUGUAAUUGUACAAAGUAUUCAAACUGUGAAGAUUAGAAACUAUUAAAAUGUUAUAAAUAAUCUCUAGUAUGCCUGCAAGAAUGGAUAUUAUCUUUGACAUAAAAAUGAAUUUGACUUACCUUUUAAA